UGGACGAUCCUGAAUAGAGUGGACUACCAUUGAAAAGUGAGAGAAAAGAACAACACAAACUAUCUUUUCAUAUCUGAACUGUGAAUUCCUAAGCGAGUGAAAUCCCCUCGCAUGGUUCAACACUCCUAUGACCCACUGAGUAUCCUGGAUUGCCUUUGACUUCCAAGAAGGACCCUGGAGCCCGACACCAGUCUCUGGACUGUCUUCCCAACUGUCUCCUUUUGGUGUCGGAGUUCUGAAUUAGGCCCGUAGACGCCGGGUGAAGAUGACUUGACUUGGCAGGCCCCCCGUUUCCCACAGACAGAGCGAGAUAGGCUGGCUGUAAGAACAGACAACCACAAAUGUUGUGGCCCUGAGUCAUGCUGGUGUUGCCACUACUGGAGCCCUGUGGUAAAGACUAUCAGUAUCGCUAUCAUCACUCGUCCAUGCCGAGGAACGUUCCACAGCCCCAAGGGACGAGGCUUCAUAUCUGAACGGCUUGUGGAAGGCGACGCGCCGCGAGCCACUGCGACAUCGCUCACAUAACACCGACUAACGCCGCGCUCAACCCAGUGGAAGGCGCAGACCGAGAAGGAGCCGGGACACCAACAUGGCGACUGAGAGCAUUGCCGAGCUCCGCGAUUGGCUCUUCCUGUUACUCCUGUGCCUCACCUUAUUGGCCGAGGUGCUGGAACUGGCAGCAGCUGCAAUCGCUCUGGAAACGGGUGAGGGGGAUGAAGGGAUAGUUUGCCCCUCAGUCUGCCGCUGCGAUGAAGGUUUUGUCUACUGUAACGACCGUGGACUCAGUUUGAUUCCACCUUUACCGUUGACGGCUGCCAUCCUCUACCUACAGAGCAAUCGGCUGACUAACGCCGGCCUGCCUCAGUCACUGGAGCGCAGUACUUCUAUACGAGUUAUUUAUCUGUACGCCAAUCAGUUGGAUGAAUUUCCCAUACACCUCCCACCUUCAUUACGGGAGCUCCAUUUGCAGGAUAAUAAUAUACGAACUUUACCACGAUCAUCUCUGGCCAAGUUACCGCUGCUGGAGCGUUUACACUUGGAUGAUAAUUCAAUAUCAACUGUGAGUAUCCAGGAGCGUGCCUUUUCUGGGACUCCACGGCUACGACUGCUCUUUCUGUCUCGGAACCACCUGUCAAGCAUCCCCGCAGGCUUGCCGGCAUCCUUGGAGGAGCUGCGAUUAGACGACAACAGAAUCAACACCAUCCCCACGCAUGCCUUCCGAGGGCUGUCCUCCUUGCGACGCCUAGUCCUGGAUGGGAAUCUGUUAGCUAACACUCGCAUUGCAGAUGACACCUUUUCCCGCCUCGCUAAUCUGACAGAGCUAUCGCUAGUCCGAAAUGCCUUGCAGUCCCCACCAAUCAACCUACCAUCAGCUCAUCUUAUUCGGCUCCAUUUACAGGAUAACGGGAUGACUCACAUACCAAGAGGAUCACUGGACGGGAUGCGCCGGCUGCAGAAGCUAGACCUAUCGGGAAACAAUCUGACCAGUCUUCCUCGAGGGCUUCUUAAGGACACCGACAGUUUGGAGUUGUUGCUGCUGCGAGGAAACCCCUGGUACUGUGGUUGCAACCUUCGCUGGCUCCACGCAUGGCUGCACAGCUGGGGGGUUGCUGUAACAGUCAGGGGUUUGACCUGUCUGGGGCCUGAAGCUGUGAAAGGCCAGUCCCUUAAAGACCUUACCUAUCUGAUAGAACAGUGUGAAGGACCACCAGCUGGUCCAGCUACUGGAGUCGGGGUGAAUCCAUCAGAAAAGGAUGGAGGAGGUGAAGAUAGUGUUGGAGGGGAGGGGCAAGCUGUGGUUCCAGUUCCCCAUGGCAGCGCUACUACUAACUCUUUGCUGGUCCCUACCCAAGGUUCCCUUUUCACGCUGCGAGCCAAGCGACCAGGCCUGGUUAUGCCUCUGCCUGCCGCGGGAGAAGGUCAAGUAUCUGGAGAGGCCCUUGAGCUGACUGUAAAAGCUCUUUCUUCAGACAGUGUGCUGGUCAGCUGGUUGUGUCCACAGCCAGCACCCUCAUUCCGUCUAUCCUGGCUGAGGUUGGAAUCCAGCGCAGCACUCGGUUCCAUCACAGAAACUCUAGUUCCCGGAGAGAGGAGGCAGUACCACCUUACCCAGCUCACACCACGCUCACAUUAUUUCAUAUGCUUGCUGCCAUUACGACAGGAGACUUUUCUGGGCUCCAGCAUGGGGACAUCUCGGGUAGGCAGCAUUGAAUCGAACAAUAAAGGUUCUGCCCCAACCUGUUCUCAAAUAGAGACUGGAGAGGCGCUGGUCAACUCCAGAGGAGAGGGGUCAGAUAAGGACACACAGGACUCAGAGCUAUCAGCCCUGCCCCUGGCAGGCAUCAUUGGGGGCGCUACAGCAUUGGUAAGUCUUCUGCUAAUCUUUGGUAUUUUCUGCUGGUAUGGACAAAGAACAAGUUACAAGUCGGAAGACUCAACUUCAUACAACAGAGGGCGAGGAGGAAAGCAUUACGAUGACUAUGUAGAAUCGGGCACCAAAAAAGAUAAUUCCAUUUUGGAAAUCAGAGCCCCUCCUACAGGGUUCCAGAUGACAGCCAUGGCCCAUCAGCCUCUGCAGCCCAAACUGGAGGAUGUCACCUACAUCCACACCAUUUUCCCUUCUUCGUCCUCUUCCUCCCAUGCUAACGGGACGUACCGCAGCAACCACAGAGCUGGCAGCCUCAACGGCACCAUCAUCAGCCAAACCAGCCACCACAACGUCACCUACGGCACCAACCGUGGCUACAGAGAGGGCGGCAUCCCUGACAUAGAUUACGCCUACACGUGAUGACACGGAGUCGUACUCCCCGAGCCAUGAAUGCCUGGCGCCAUCUCUAUGGUGACAACUCCUGUGACCCGCGGCCAUUUUGUCCUUGGUUUCCAAAGUACCCUUUGUGCCUCAGCUGGUUCAAGUCUGAUAUGUUUGCUAAGUAGAAGAAACUGUUUUGAUUGGACAAUGCUCUCCUGUACUCUAUGACUGUAAGACACGUUGCAGUAGACUCUUCUUUCAGUGCUACUUAUCAAUGGUUACAUUUUUCUCUUUUGCCUAUCUGUGUGUCUUUCAAAACUGCUGUUCUUAAUCCACAGUAACUUAUUUGAGGUUGAUAUCCUAGGCUUAGCUGAUGUAGAAGGCGAUAUAUUUAUAAUACCAAGGGAAGGCAAUUCGUGUGUAUAGAGAUAGCUCUACGCUCUUUGCUGUGUAGAUGAAGGGAUGACAGAAGCAGAAAUUGACAGUUGUUAUAAUCCACAGAUGACAUCCAAUCGUGGUUGACAUGAAGAUACGUGUUCCGAUCCCCCGCGCGCCCCCUUUUACUCCGGAUUACUUCACCCAAUUCCAUUGUUCCUCCUUCCUGCCUCUUUGUUUUUAGCCCAGGCUCUUUCCUUUCAUUUCUCUCGUGUCUUUUUGUGGCGUCGUGAGUAGAGGACGACUUUGUUCUCGCCAAAAGGAGCUGACAGCAGUGAUAACAGCUCUGACAAAGACAUGAGACACAAACCGCCACAUGGGGAGACUAAUGAGUGGGAGAGAGAGAGAGAGAGAGAGCCGGAGUGAUGGAUAGAUAGAUGUUUGGAUGGAGAGAGCAAACAUGAAAGAAGAGAGAUGCUGAAGGCUGCCGUUUUGAGAAUGAGAGUGAAAGAACCGUGUUGGUUUAAAUGUGGAGUCGGAGGAUUAUGGGAAAGAAACAUUAGAAAGGGUCUGGAACAACUUGGGGUGUAACGGCACGUGCCUCGGUUUUAAGGUCACGGUUCCAUUCUUUGUGCCACACCGUCCCCUAAAUAAUUCCUUGAUGUUACAAAAAGCAUGAUGAUGAUGAGUGACUAGCUACCUGUUGUUCUUCUUCUUCAUAAAGAUAACAACGGCCUGAUUCACCGGGAGUGCUAAACAGCGUGUGUAGCUAUAAAAUUGUGUGUACUACUCGCAGGAUUGUUGCGGGUGAUCUGCUAAGACUGCUUGCGCAAUUGCAAAAAUGGUGCAGACCAUCCAUCCAUCCAUCUUCAACCGCUUAUCCGGAAUCGGGUCACGGGGGCAACAGCUCCAGCAGAGACCCACAGACUUACCUCUCCAGAGCAACAUUAGCAACUUCCUCCUGGUGGAUCCCGAAGCGUUCCCAGGCCAGAAAGGAGAUGUAAUCCCCCAAAUCUGGUCCUUGGCCCGCCGUAGGGUCUCCUCCCAGUGGGACGUGCAACGAGGACCUCCCUAGGGAGACGCUCGUGAGGCAUCCGCACGAGAUGCCCGAACCACCUAAGCUGGCUCCUUUCCAAUGAAGGAGCAGGUGCAGAAGGUGCAGACCGCCCUAUUUAAAUGAGGAUUCUGCGUGUACUGCCGGCUGUCACCAUGGAUACGGUCAUUUCCUGCGCAUCAUGCGCCGACCUGUAGGGUUUUGCUGGGUUCUUCAACAUGCAGCACCUUUUCUGGGCAAUACAGCAGCACCAUCUAGACGACAGAACCUAUUUGUAGCACACCAAAGACCGCAUGACCGGCAAUAACUGCGGCAAUGCGCUAGAAUGAUCCGGCCGCAAGAAAAUGCACGAUUUUUUAUUUAGAUAUUCAAUAAAUCUCCUAUAUGAAAAAGCUAACAUUAGAAAAAGUCCUUCAUCAUCUCAAAUAUGGAAUUGCUGGAGUGACAAUAAGUCAAAUAUUUGUGUUUGUCGACACAAGCACUGAAGGUUCUCUCUCUCCAUCGUCUAUCAGUGCAGGCUUUGCAUCCAUUUGUGCGUAACUGUGCCUACAUGUACUUUCCAAACAAGCUAAAUAUAGGCUGUAAGAGUUUCAGGUUUGAUAAAUCACACUGAGUGGGAUUUAUCAAACCACGUCCAUGGUUCUCACCCGUAAAAGGGGGGAGUGCCAACUCCGGGUUGGGGAGGAGAUCUUGCCCCAAGUGGAGGAGUUCAAGUACCUGGGAGUCUUGUUCACGAGUGAGGGAAGAGUGGAUGGUGAGAUCGACAGGCGGAUCGGUGUGGCGUCUUCAGUAAUGCGGACGCUGUAUCGAUCCAUUGUGGUGAAGAAGGAGCUGAGCCGGAAGGCAAAGCUCUCAAUUUACCGGUCGAUCUACGUUCCCAUCCUCACCUAUGGUCAUGAGCUUUGGGUUAUGAGCGAAAGGACAAGAUCUACGUUCCCAUCCUCACCUAUGGCCAUGAGCUUUGGGUUAUGAGCGAAAGGACAAGAUCACGGGUACAAGCGGCCAAAAUGAGUUUCCUCCGCCGGGUGGCGGGUCUCUCCCUUAGAGAUAGGGGGAGAAGCUCUGCCAUCCGGGAAGAGCUCAAAGUAAAGCAGCUGCUCCUCCACAUCGAGAGGAGCCAGAUGAAGUGGUUCGGGCAUCUGGUCAGGGUGCCACUCGAAUGCCUCCCUAGGGAGGUGUUUUGGGCACGUCCGACCGGUAGGAGGCCACGGGGAAGACCCAGGACACGUUGGGAAGACUAUGUCUUCGGCUGGCCUGGGAACGCCUCGGGAUACCCCGGGAGGAGCUGGACAAAGAGGCUGGGGAGAGGGAAGUCUCUUAGGCUGCUGGCCCCACGACCCGAUCUCGGAUAAGCGGAAGAAGAUGGAUGGACACUGUGAGUGCAAAAUGAUUUAAGAGACACAAUCCUCUGCGAACGAGCUUAGUAGAUUGGCUUUGCGUGCGCUAUCGAGUUUAAAUACACCCAAACCUUUAGUAGAUCCUUUUUGUCUGAAUAAGAUAUUUACACAAGCUUUGGAGUUUCGGCAGAGACGUCUUCUCUGUCGACUUCAUGCCCAUUCAUCUCUCGCCUUGAUUUGAUUGAGUAACGUAACGUGCAACUCGCCUGUCACCAGCCCACCCCCGGAUGUUGCCGCGGUUUUAGUCUACUGGACUCAAUCACUGUUCCCGCGGCAGUAGUAGCGAGAAUUGUACUUUCAUGAAGGAAAAAAAUCUGAGAAAGAAGGACAAAAAAGAUGAUUUCCCAGGGAAAACGAGAAGGUUGACAGGUAUGGUAUACAGCUUUAAAGUAGCAGUAGAGUGGAAAAACAAGUUGUAUGUUUAAUUGUGUUUCAUUGUAUCAUUAAACAUAUCCAAUUGUGUUUACAAUCCCCAAAGUAUGUGAAAACUGUUUAAAUGUCACAAAUUCAGUCAGGCAUUUUGAAUAUUGAGCUCUGAAUACCUUCAGUUAUAUUCACAGAUUAACAUCACAGUAGUAACACUCCAUAUUAUUAGAUCAGUCGUACUGGAAAUGUGCAACAAUGUGAAAGAGAUGUUCUGUUUAUCAUUCAAAAUCCUUAUGUAAGACAAGAACACCUAUGUUAGGCUUUUUCAUGCAUUCACAAUCGUAAAUAAAUAGCCAAUAAUUGGUUCAACAGAUGGAGGGUCCUCUCAUUAUACUCUCUAAAAACAUCCAGAAACUGCCAACAAAACUCCAUUUACAUGUCAUGACCUGAAAAAUGACCCAGAUAUGAGUGAUAUUGUUAUUAUAAGUGCUAACGCAGACUGACUAUUUUAGAAAGUGACAACAAAACUCCAUUUACAUGUCGUGACCCGAAAGUUUACCAAAUAUGAAUGAUAUUGUUAUUAUAAGUGCUAACGCAGAUGGACUAUUUUAGCAGUGCACUGAUAGCAGUGAGCUAAGGCUAGCUCACGCUGCUAUUGUUGACACAAUGAACCAAUGCCUGCUUCGGCUUGGUCUAAAACUUGCUAAAAGUAAGUUCUAGAUUACAAUUCAUGCAUUUCUCAACUGCUAGUAGACCAAUGUGGCCAUGGUCUGACAGGCUGGUCCACUUGGCGAAAUAGACCCCACAAGAUGCUUUCUUUUUUUUAAAUUGAAUUUUACAGUUAAAAUCACAUUUAACAGUCAUACUUUGGUCACGCAAAACCUACAUACAAUCACACAUCCACUCAUACCCACUCACAUGCACACUUGAGGAGAGAGGUGCACUUAAACUCCAACAAUUUAAGGUUUACAGUAUAAACAUUUUUAGAAAAGAUACCCAGAUAUUGUAUAUAUCAGGGGUCACCAACCUUUUUGAAACCAAGAGCUACUUCUUGGGUACUGAUUAAUGCGAAGGGCUACCAGUUUGAUACACACUUAAAUAAAUUGCCAGAAAUAGCCAAUUUGCUCAAUUUACCUUUGACUCUGUUUCUAUUAAUAAUUAAUGAUAUUUACACUUAAUUGAAUGGUUUAAAAGAGGAUAAAACAAGAAAAAAAAAUGACAAUUAUAUUUUGAAACAUAGUUUAUCUUCAAUUUCGACUCUUUAAAAUUCAAAAUUCAACCGAAAAAAAGAAGAGAAAAACUAGCUAAUUUGAAUCUUUUUGAAAAAAUUAAAAAAAGAAUUUAUGGAACAUCAUCAGUAAUUUUUCCUGAUUAAGAUUAAUUUUAGAAUUUGGAUGACAUGUUUGAAAUAGGUUAAAAUCCAAUCUGCACUUUUUUAGAAUAUAUAACAAAUUGGACCAAGCUAUAUUUCUAACAAAGACAAAUCAUUAUUUCUUCUAGAUUUUCCAGAACAAAAAGUUUAAAAGAAAUUCAAAAGACUUUGAAAUAAGAUUUACAUUUGAUUCUACAGAUUUUGUAGAUUUGCCAGAAUAAUUGUUUUGAAUUUUAAUCAUAAAAAGUUUGAAGAAAUAUUUCACAAAUAUUCUUCGUCGAAAAAACAGAAGCUAAAAUGAAGAAUUAAAUUCAAAUGUAUUUAUUAUUCUUUACAAUAAAAAAUUAAAAAAAUACUUGAACAUUGAUUUAAAUUGUCAGGAAAGAAGAGGAAGGACUUUUAAAGGUAAAAAGGUAUAUGUGUUUAAAAAUCCUAAAAUCAUUUUUAAGGUUGUAUUUUUUCUCUAAAAUUGUCUUUCUGAAAGUUAUAAGAAGCAAAGUAAAAAAAAUUAAUUAAUUUAUCUAAACAAGUGAAGACCAAGUCUUUAAAAUAUUUUCUUGGAUUUUCAAAUUCUAUUUGAGUUUUGUCUCUCUUAGAAUUAAAAAUGUCGGGCAAAGCGAGACCAGCUUGCUAGUAAAUAAAUACAAUUUCAAAAAUAGAGGCAGCUCACUGGUAAGUGCUGUUAUUUGAGCUAUUUUUAGAACAGGCCGGCGGGCUACUCAUCUGGUCCUUACGGGCUACCUGGUGCCCGCGGGCACCGCGUUGGUGACCUCUGGUAUAUAUUUAUCCAUCCAUCCCGCUCUGGCUCAGGAUCAGCAGGCUAUCCAGACCAUAGCAAGAUGGAUGAACAUUCCUCUGCAUCAAGGAUCCUCAGGAAGUGAUCCCAAGAUCACCUCUCGAGGGCUUUUCCACCGUUCACACUUAAAAAAGAAAAGGAAAGUCACAGAAGUUGAUCAGAUGUAAAACAAUAGAAAAUAAAAAGUCACAAAAAAUAAAUAAAUAAAUACGCAAGUAAACCGUGGGAAGGCCAUAUCAGAAGUAACAAAAAAAACCAAAAAAAACAAUAAUAGUGUAGGAUCAAUACAGAAAAUAAUAAAGAUAAUAAAAAAGGAAUAUGUCAGUAAAGGUUUCCAGGUUUGUUCCCAUUUAUUCAUACUUGCAGAGUUUAUAAAUCGUAUUCUUUCAAGAGUCAUUACAUUCACAAGUUCAUUUAGCCAGUUCCUGAAGUUGGGUGCAGACGGGCUUUUCCAGUCUUUGAGAAUGAGUCUUUUGGCCAAGACCGUCCCGAGCAGCAACACGGUUGUAACAUAUUUUGGAAGUUUUUGUGUUUCUGAAGACCACCCAAACAAGAUUAUAUCCCUGUCAGGGACAAGUUUUCUCUGAUAUACCCCCUGAGUAAAAAAAGAAAAUGCUGGACCAAAAUGUUUGAAUAAUUGGACAUUCCCAAAACGAAUGAGACAGUGAUCCUUCAGCCGAUU